CCGAAACAAUUUAUUUAAAAAAAAAUUAAAAGUUUUUUAAAUACCCUACCAAUGUUAAUUAAUUCCAUCUAAACUAAAAAUUAACAUGGUAAGAAGUUCAAAAAUAUCAAGUUAAUAGAUAAUGGAUGAUUCUGCAUCCAAAAGAAGUAAUGUCGAAGUCGAUAAAUUGUUUGAUCUUUAUUUAAAAAUUGAAAGUCUCGCAUUUCCUUUAACUCACAAUAAUCAGAAAAAAUCAGUUAUUAAGUACGCCCGACUACCAGACGCCGCCAAAACUACUAACGUAUCAUGUUAUCCUACACAUUACACUUCGGAACCGAGGUUUCGACGUAUUAUUACAAUUGAGGAACCAAGGGUUGGUACAAGGAGAUCUUUAAGAUCAGAAGUUGCAGUAGUGCCAAGGACGAUGACAUCUGAUAUGUGUAAACGAAAAAUAAUCACCAUUGCAGAAGAUGAUGAAAAUAGCCUUCACCCUAAAUUUUCUCAAGAAAUAAGAAAAUCUUUUAAAAACUAUAUACAUAGAGCCGUUGAAACGGAUAUUAAGGAAGAGAAACAGCUGUCUCAGAGAAAAGUGUCAAGAUUAACUCCUACUACUAAAAGUAUGAAAAUACUAACUUUAGAUCCUAAAGAUAAUAAAUCUGCAAUGAAAAACAAUAUAGUAAUUAAUAAAAAAGGAACUGUGGAUUCUAAAUUAGGAAACAAAUAUAAAUACUCAAAAGGAGAUAGUGAGAUACAAGAUUAUGUUAAGAAUAAAAGUUAUAAUGAAUCAACACGAAAUAACAAAAAUGCCAUUUUAUCACCCAAAUUAAGUUUAAGUAAAAAGAUGGUAACCUCACACGAAAGCGAAAAAGAAGUUUCAGUUAUGAAAAACAAAUAUAGAGAUGAUAAUGUACCCAAAGUACCGCCCAAAAAAUCAAUUUCAGAAAAAACAAAAUCAAGCAGAUCCUCAACUAAAUUAUAUCACAAUCGGAUUACACUUUUAAAUGAUAAAAAAGGAAAAAAUAAGCCAGUCACAAUAAUUCAAGUGCCACUUGAUGAAACAAUGAUGAGGCGAGAUGUAGCCUCUGAAAUUUCUCAAGAUACAUUAACUAAUACUGAAAAGACAUUGAAUCAUGUAAAUUGUGCUAUUCAAGCAAUAAACAAUACUACAUUCAAAGAUAUGAGCGUCGGAACUGAUCUAGUGUCAAAAAAGAUAGACCAAGUUACUGAAACAUAUGAAGAUUAUUUAAACCAAUGUUUCGAUGAAAAUAAAACAUUUGAUAGUCUUGACAUACCAAAUGUUAAUUUAACUUAUAAUAAAAACGAUAUACCCAAAAAUGAAAUAUACGACAUGAUUAAUACAAAUGCGUCUGAGGUAUCCUUUAUCAAUACGAAUUCGCAUAAAAGUGAACAAAAAGUUACAGAUUCAUGCUUUCACAAAAGUACUUCUUAUAUUAUUAGUAGAGCAACUUUAACGUGUACAACAAGACAGAAAAUAGAUUUUCAUGUUGUUGGGAAUAAUUCAGUAUUACAAUCACACCUGACUUCUAGUCCAUUUCCUCUGAAUGUCGUGUCGGUAUAUAAGAAUGAAAUAAAAAGUAAGGAUCGUAGCGAUAAUUAUGAGAAUCAUGGUCAUAGCAGGACAGAGAAUAAAUCUCACGAUGACGUAGAAUAUUCAAACGAUAUGACCUCAAUUAAUAGUUCAUACAUCUUUGACAACGAUAAAUUAGUGAAACCGUCCGACUUAAUUAGUACAAUAAAAGUUAAUGACAGUUUAUUACAAAGUGACUUUAUUUGUGAACAGUUCCAACGGGAGCUCAAUUUCAUCGACUCAUUUUUUGAGUCUUUACAGUAUUUAGAGAGUUGUUCCCUCUCUGAUAAAUGCCUUACCGACAAGGAAGUCGAAAAUUGGAUAAACACUAGCCAUGAAUUAAAAAACUUAGAGUAUGGAUCAUUUCUAACAGAAUUUGAAAAUGACGUUGACGAUACCGAAACAAUGGCAUCAAGGAGUCUUUGUUUGCUCAAUUUACUCAUUCGGGAUGAGCAAAGGCGAGCCAAAAAUCUCUUAUCUGUUUUAAAGAAGCGAGAAGAUGCUUUAAAAGACUUUACAAAAUCUCAAAUUAUAUGGUUGGAAAAUAAAAAGAAGCACGAUAACAUAGAUAUAUCGACGUUGAAGAAGAAACAACGUGGUGCUCUACUAAAGUUACAACAUGAGUGUGGUGAAAUGCAACGCAUGCGCAAAGCUCUGCUGACACUAUCAGAGAAACGCAAAUUGGCACUUAUGAAGACUAAAAAGAAUAUUAAACUAAAAUUGAGGAACAGUGUCGAAGUGGAACAAAUUAUAUUAGGCAAGAGAAAAUUAAAACGAAGUACCUCAGCCGAUCGUAACCUAGCUCCAUUGAAAUGUUUCGAACUAUCUAGCAGUGGAUGUGACGACAGCACAACUUCUCGAACGAAGUCAUAUACACCAGUGAUAUUAUCGAACAUGGCAACAAACACCACGAGCGUCGAAAAAUGCGUCCAAACAGGAGAUAUUAUACCAUCACUGCUCCAAGUCGACCAGUCGAUUGACGCGGCAGAUGAAAAUUUUGUAAUAGUCGAUGGUAGCUAUCUUAACAUUCUCUUCCGUGAUUUGCUCCCACAAAUCUUCAGUAGUGGCAAACAGUAUGAAGUUAAUAAAGAAGCGUUAAAGAAUGUAAUACACACCAACAGUAUACCUCAUUUCAAUUUAAACGACGACAGCGUAAUGGGUCAUCUUAUUGAGCAAAUUAAAAACCACGAUUUGGAUAGGCCGUAUACACCUUCAACGGCUCGGAGUCUUGUAGAGGAAUUCGAUCAGAUAUAUAAAGAUCUUGCAGAGGACGAUAGAUCACUAGAGAACUGCUUGGAUUGCAAUUUCAUUAGCGCGAUUGAGGAGAACAAAGAUGCGGUUAUUGAGACGAAUUUAUCAAAAACGGAGGAAAGCGAAUCUGAUGAAAAACCGAACAACUAUCAAAGUGAUGAAGUCGUAUUAGAUCUAUCGAGUAAAAUCUCGUUGGUGGACGAGUCGUGCACGUGUGAACCGAUUAUGGUGUCUGUGGGGACACAAUCACCAAAGGAACGAGACGAAGAAGCGAAUGUAAGUGUCUCAGGACCCUUGCCCGUGCCCGCUGGAGCCGCCGAUGUUAGUGAUGACGUAGCCCCUGAAGUAUCAAAUUGGGUAUCACAAAAGUCCUCGAUGUCGGCUACUAUUUGUAAUGAUGAAAGCAGUUUAAGCAGCCACUCUUUGAGCCCGACCAUCUCUUCUCUCAAUUCUCCCGUUCUAUAUGAAGCCGAAGAAUUACGUCGACAACAGUUGGCUAUUGAAAGAGAGAUAAAGGCGUUAGAACAACAACAAUGCCAGCUACUCGCGGUCCGCGAGAUACCCGAUAAACCUCCUCCCCCAUACACGCCACCUAUCGAACCCCGUGCGCCGAAACAUCCACGAAAGUUUGUUUUCGAUGAAGAGACUGAGCAAAAAGUAAGAGAACUCGUAACGAAUACUGAAAGCACAACGUUCGAUUCGGAUCCAUAUGAAAUAUUCUUAAGAGACUACUGUCAAGAGUCUGUACAACAACAGAAACUGGAAAAAAAUGAAAAAUAUUGGGACACUAGUAAUUUCCUGUCAUCAAAACCCCAGCCUGAUUCGGAGAAAUUGGCUCAAAAGACAGCUCAGGAUCUUAAAGAAGUAUUAUCAAGUGUGGCACCGACUGUUGUAUCAGGUGUAGGAGCAAGGCGUUCGGAUCAUAUCGAUGAUAUACUAUUCGCGGAGUGGCGACGGUGUGAACCCGAGUGGACGUCUCUACACAACGAUGAAGUGAUCGUCAAGAAUCAGGUGUUUGAAAGCAUCUUUCAGAGAAUUCUCACGGAAACAAUUGAUGAAUACAAGAAAAACAUAAUUAUAGCCAACGCGGAUUCCAAUUGAGAAACAUUGUAAAUUU